AUCAUCAUUACAUCAAACCCCUUCCCCACCCUCUUUAUUUAUUUUCACAAAUUUCGCCGGAGAUUCUUCAAUCACCGCCAAAACCCUCCGAUCACUUUUCCGGCGAAAUGGCGGAAGCCAACCGGCCGGAGAUUCAACUCAAAAUCAACUCCAGACGCGGUAUCGGAACCGGAAACAUCAUCCACCCGGUCGAAAUCGAGUCAUCACCGACACCUUUUCUGGCGGCAACAACCGCCGGAAAUCAAACGCAAACACCGUCACCGUUUCGAGAAAUUAAGCAUUUUAAGAAGUGGUUCCCGUGGUUGAUUCCUAGCUUCGUUGUAGCAGAUACUGUGCUGUUUGUUAUUACUAUGUAUGUUAAUGAUUGCCCUAAAAAUACGGUUUCUUGCGUUGCUACCUUUUUGGGGAGGUUAUCGUUUCAGCCGUUCAAAGAAAAUCCGCUUCUCGGACCUUCUUCUUCCACGCUAGAGAAGAUGGGGGCGUUGGAUGUGAGUAAAGUGGUUGAUGAUCACCAGGGGUGGCGCCUGAUUACGUGCAUUUGGUUGCAUGGCGGGCUUUUCCAUUUGUUGGCAAACAUGUUGAGUCUCUUGGUUAUUGGCAUUCGACUCGAGCAAGAAUUUGGGUUUAUACGCAUUGGAUUGCUUUAUGUAAUCUCAGGGUUUGGUGGCAGUUUGUUAUCUGCACUAUUCCUUCAGUCAAACAUAUCAGUUGGCGCUUCUGGUGCAGUUUUCGGGUUGUUGGGUGGAAUGCUUUCGGAACUCAUAACUAAUUGGACUAUAUAUGCUAAUAAGAUGGCAGCACUAUUCACCCUUGUGAUCAUUAUUGUUAUUAACCUAGCGGUUGGUAUUCUGCCACAUGUCGAUAACUUUGCUCAUCUUGGUGGGUUUUCUUCGGGCUUUCUUCUCGGGUUUGUGUUUUUAAUGCGCCCCCAGUUUGGUUGGGUUAGCCAAAGAUACACAUCUUCUUAUUCUAGGGUUGGGCCUAGGCCCAAAUACAAGACAUAUCAACUUGUCCUUUGGCUCAUUUCACUCAUCCUUGUGGUGGCUGGGAUGAUUGCGGGGCUUGUUUCACUUCUGCGCGGGGUGAACUUAAACGAUUAUUGUUCUUGGUGUCAUUACAUGAGCUGUGUACCUACUUCAAGGUGGAGCUGUGACACAAACCCUGUGUCCUGCUUGUCUGAGCAAACGGGUAAUCAGUAUACGUUAACAUGCUCCAAUAAUGGUAAAAAUGGGACGUACUGGCUGAACGACCCAAACUCGUCUCAGAUACGAGGUCUUUGUAGUCAGCUUUGUCGAUAAUUGGUAGCAGCAGUACAAUCGCCUCGUAUGUUCUGUUAUCUGUAUGAUAUGAUUCCCACCCUCCCUUUUUGUAUUAGUUAUAACGCUCAACAUUUUAGUUGGUUUGGUUUAUAUUUUUACAAGUUAUUUCUUUGAUUUGUUUAGGUAAAUGCAUAUCAUAGCAACUGUUUGAUUUUUUUU